AUGGAGGAGUGCGCAAAUCCCCUCCUCUUGGGGUGGAUUAAAGAAUGGCUAGACCAGGCUCGAGAACGAAAUAGCAAAGGCGUGACAGUGUACAAGAAGGCCUAUGAGUCCAUGAAAGUGUGUCCAUUGCCAUUCCAACAUCCUUCUCAAGCGCAGCAGCUGAAUGGACUGGGCCCAAAACUGUGUGACCGAUUGACGGAUAAGCUUAAGGCUCACUGCGAAGAAAAUGGUCUUCCGAUGCCAGAGCCACCGGAGAAAGGCGGCAAAAGAACAACCGGCGGCGAAAAUGAUGACCAGCCGGCGAAGAAGCCUAGAAAAGCCAAGCCAUAUGUGCCCACGCUACGGUCCGGCCCAUAUGGCUUAUUGCUGGGCUUGGGAACCCAGAAUGAAAACGCAUCCCAAGGAAUGACGAAGGCACAAUUGAUCGAAGUGGCCCAGCCGUACUGUGAUAGCUCCUUCACGGCACCCCCAGAUCCUACGAAGUUCUAUACUGCGUGGAAUUCGAUGAAGACCCUGGUCCAGAAGGACCUGGUCUGUGAGCAUGGCCGCCCUCUGCGGAGAUAUCUCCUAUCCGAGGAAGGCUGGGAGGUAGUCAAGCGUCUCCAGAAGACCUUGCCCGGCGCUACGCAAACCGCACCAGCUGGCCCUGCGGCAGAGUCGCAGCAACCAGCUACAGAGGGCCGCGAUUCACCCGCAGAGGACGGAGCAGAUCCUGAGGAUACCCUGUCAAAGGAAGACAUGGAUAACAUCCAGCCCAUCAUGCUACCACCGAAGAGCUUCACCAUCCAGCUUGUGCUGGAUACUCGUGAAGUCCGCACAUCCACCGACCGCGACUACAUAUCCGGCGAGCUGAUCAAACAAGGAAUCACUCCGGAAGUGCGAGCUCUGGAAGUCGGCGAUGCAAUGUGGGUGGCAAAAUGCAACGAUCCCGGCUUCUUCGCGCGCCACGGCGAAGAAAGCGAUGAAGUGAUGCUCGAUUGGAUCGUCGAGCGAAAACGCCUGGAUGAUUUAAUUGGAUCUAUCAAAGACGGGCGUUUCCACGAACAAAAGUUCCGUCUUCGUCGUUCUGGCAUCAAAAAUGUCAUCUACUUGAUCGAAGAGUUUGCUGUCACGCACGCAGAUUCCACAAGUGGGAGUGCAGCGCAGUAUCAGGAGAUGGUUGCUUCAGCCAUCGCAUCGACACAGGUUCUGAAUGAAUACUUCAUCAAAAAGACCAAACAUCUGGACGAAUCCAUUCGAUAUCUGGCGCGGAUGACCCUACUCUUGCGAAAAAUGUACGGGGUGGAAGAUCCGCCGUCAAACCCAGAUGCAAAUACCACCACCACCACUGUUCCCUCGGCCCCAGUAUCCAAAAUUGGCCUGAUUCCUGGUCGCCGCCUCGCGACUGAUUCUUACCUCACCGUCCUUGAUAAUAUGCGCUCUCGGGAUCCGUCUACUACAUAUGGUGUUUCAUUCGUCACAUUCUCUGCCCUCACAUCCAAAUCAGAUACACUAACUCUUCGAGAUGUGUUUUUGAAGAUGCUCAUGUGCACACGUGGUGUGACGGGCGAAAAAGCCCUUGAGAUUCAACAGAUAUGGCCAACGCCCCGACACUUGAUGGAGGCAUACGCGGCACUGGACCCCAAGGAGCGGGAAACGAUGAUAUCGACUCGGAUGGCGGAGGUUGUUGGACGAAAGAAAGUUGCAAAAGAGCUUAGCAAGCGCAUUGCCGAGAUUUGGGGACAGUCAAGUUGA